AUGCAGGCGCGGCUGCUCUGGCUGGUCGCGGUCUGCGUGACGGCGGCCCACGCCGCCAGGAUCCUCGCCGUGUUGCCAACCAACACCAGGAGCCACUACGCCAUGUACGGCCGCCUCAUCGAGGCGCUCGCCAAGAGGCAACAUCACAUCACUGUCAUGACACAUUUCACCAUGAAAAACCCACCGCCCAACAUAGAGGAGAUAAACCUGGCGGGCACGAUACCAGAAAUAACGAACAACUUGACGCGGCAACACACCUCGCUGAAGCCGGAGUUCAUAAUCAAUCUGGAGCAGAUAAUCAAGGAGUGCGUCCACGCCUGCGAAACCGUGUCGCAGUUGCCGGCCGUGAGGGCGCUGCUCAACUCGACGGUCAGCUUUGACCUGGUUAUCGUGGAGGUGUUCGGGAGCGAUUGCUUCCUGCCAUUCGGCGGGCGGUUCCGGGCGCCCGUGGUGGGUCUGCUGUCCAGCGUGCCCCUGCCCUGGCUCAACGGCCAGCUGGCCAACCCGGAGGCGACCGCGUACGUGCCCGCCUACAUGAUGGGUUUCGGCCAGAGGAUGAACACGUGGGAGAGGCUCGUGAACACGCUCGCCGUGUUGUGGGCGAAAAUCUUGUACAGGCACACUUCGCAAAUACCGUCUCAGGUCAUAGCAGACAGACUGUUUGGUCCAGGACCCAAAUUGGAAGCCUUAGCGCAGAACUACAGCCUGGUGCUAUCGAACAGCCAUUUCAGUAUAAACGAAGUCAGACCAUUCGUGCCCGCUCUAGUCGAGGUGGGGGGUCUGCAUUUGGAUAACUCGCAAACACUGCCAAGGGAGUUGAAAUCACUGCUGGACAAAUCGUAUAACGGUGUUGUAUAUUGGAGUUUUGGAUCGAUGUCGCGGAUAGAAACUAUUCCCGGCGAGAAACUGAAGCAGAUAUUCGAGGCCAUCUCCGAGCUGCCGCAGACGAUACUGGUGAAGAUGAAUAAGGCAAUGCUGGUGGGAAACAUAAGCAUCCCCGAAAACGUGUACACAAUGGACUGGAUUCCACAGUACAAGACUCUAUGCCAUCCAAACACCAAAGUGUUCAUAUCUCACGGGGGCCUGUUGGGGACCCAGGAGGCGGUUGCGUGCGGGGUGCCCAUGCUCACUGUGCCCCUGUACGCCGACCAGGCCCUGAACGGCAGGGCGAUGAGCGACCGCGGCGUCGCCCGCAUCCUCAGCCUCAAGGAAACUAGCAAAGAUACUUGGAAAGAGGCACUACAUGACUUAAUAUACAAUCCUGAGUACAAAAGGAACGCUCUGAGAUUGAAAGAGAAGUUUCUGGAUCGACCGCUCCCACCUUUGGAGACCGGAGUGUACUGGAUCGAAUAUGUCCUGAGGCAUGACGGUGCUAAACACUUGCGCUCGCCGGCCCACGACUUGUCGUACACGCAAUACAUAUUAUUAGAUAUAAUAGCAAUUAGCGUAGCAGCAACACUCCUGACAGUUUUCAUACUACACAAACUGUUCAGGUAUCUCUGCACGAGAUGCGUUCGGUGGUGGCCCAAAGAGAAACUCGUAUUCGAGAAAAGAUUGUUCAGAAGGAGCCGUGGUCUAUUCCAUUGCUUCAUAUGGAUAUACAAGUUUAAGGGUAAU